UGGGAAGCUAAUCUCUGUAGAGACUGUGUAAGCUUUUUCUUUUAUGUAGCAACAUUUUUGUGGGACUGAAACUAAAAGACUCAACUGAGCGAAAAAAGAGAAAUGUGUGGAUACAUUUCCCUCAUCUUCCUUUGGAUAUCCCUCCUUCUUUCUUUACCCUGUGGUUAUAAUGGAGAUAAGAUACUGGUUUUCCCCGUUGAUGGCAGUCACUGGGUGAACAUGGAGGUGCUGGUGAAGAAGCUGCACUCUCAUGGACAUGAGCUGAGUGUGAUUCGCAUUACGGACAGCUGGUUCAUUCAGGAGAAUUCACCUUACUUCACCUCAAUUACAGUGAAGCUUAAAAAGAAUUACAUAGGCCUGGACCUGUUCGAGAACACAGUACAAAGGAUUCUUGAGGCCCGCAGGAAGGCCCCAAUGACGGGACUGCUGGUCCAGAUGUCAGAAUUCAUUGGUAUCAUAAAUGUUGCUCACACGGCAAACUGUGCCAUGCUCACCACCAUGCUGGAGAACAAAGAUCUGAUGACACAAAUAAAGAUGGCGAACUAUGACUUGAUGCUCACUGACCCUGCCAUGCCUGGUGGGGUCAUUCUGGCACAUUACCUCCAACUUCCAAUGGUCUACAACGUCCGUUGGAUGAGUUUCAGAGAAGGCCACUUCUCCAUCGCACCUUCUCCCAUAUCCUACGUGCCUGUCCCUGGCUCAGGCCUGACGGACCGAAUGGGUUUGUUAGAAAGAACCCGCAACCUUCUACAUUAUGGGUUGAACCUCAUUCAAGAGCGCUGGAUGGUGAUCCCCAUGUACUCCAGCUUGUUGCUCAACUACUUCCCUCCUGGCGCUGACCUCCUAGCCAUGCAACGUUCGGCGGAGCUGUGGCUUGUCCGUGUAGACUUCGUGUUCGAGUUCCCACGACCCUCCAUGCCAAACCUCAUCUACAUUGGCGGCUUCCAGUGUCGUCCGGCCAAGCCUCUCCCUGCAGAGCUGGAGGAGUUUAUGCAGAGCUCAGGAGACCAUGGGGUGGUCGUGAUGUCUUUGGGAACACUGAUUGCAGGAUUGCCCAGAGAGGUCAUGGAUGCCAUUGCCACCGCUUUCGCUCGCAUGCCACAGAAGGUGGUGUGGAGGUUUAUUGGAGAAAGACCUUCAUCGUUGGGCAAUAACACCCUGCUGCUUAAUUGGAUACCUCAGAACGACUUGCUGGGCCAUCCAAAGACCCGUGCUUUCGUGGCUCAUGGGGGUACAAAUGGUCUAUACGAAGCCAUUUAUCAUGGGGUGCCAGUUCUGGGACUCCCUUUGCUAUUUGACCAGCUAGAUAACAUUGUACGUCUUCAGGCAAGAGGGGCGGCACGGAUGCUGGAGGCAGCUACUUGUACUACAGAAGAGUUUCUUGAAGCUUUGAGAGAUAUCUUAGAGAACCCAACGUAUCGUCAGAACAUGCAGAAGCUCUCCAGUUUACAUCAAGACCGGCCUCUGCAUCCUCUCGACAAAGCAGUGUACUGGAUCGAGUUUGUCCUGCGCAAUAAAGGUGCACCCCACUUACGUGCUGAGGCCUACAACAUGUCUGUGUUCUCCUACUACUGUCUAGAUGUAGCUGCAUUGGUUCUCAUCAUACUUCUGCUGACUCUGGGGGUUGUCACAAUAUGGAUACGAAGACGGAAAAGAGAGGCAAACAAGGCAGUGAGAGAUGGCAACAAAAAAGCUAUAAAGGAAGGCAGUAAGAGGCUGAAAGAGACCAUUAACGCUUUGAAAGAGAGCAAUAAUAUUCCCAUUCCAAAAACAAGAGCAAGCAAAAGAAUAUAGUUUAAUUUGUUUUUCUUCAAUAUGCUUCCCCUAGUGUUAUUGUUAACUAAAAGUAUUAAAAUUGCUUUUGGAAACUUAAAUAAUUCUGAAAAUAAAUACAAUAUAUCUAUUAAAUGAAAAGCUUAGAAAUGUUGCCUUGGCAACUAAAUGUAAUAAAGUACAAAAAUAAAAAAUAAUAAUAAUAAUUAAAGCUGUAAAGAAAUGUAAAAAAAUAAAAAAAUAUUCAAGCACAUAACAAAAUGACUAAAGAUUAAAAACUUUUCGUAUAAAAUAAUUGCCCCCAUUUCACAGCUCUGACACGGUACUAUUUUCUUUCUUUCUUUCUUUUUUUUACCUUUAAGUCUCUCCUCCACUUUUUGAGCUCUUGCAAUUCCCUGCCAACUGAACUGUAUGUUGGUGAUUAGGUGCAGAUCCCUUCCUGGAAUCUUUGAGGAGUAAUCCCCUUUUUGCACACAAUGCAUUUAAGUGCAUUUGCAGAAAGAGAGAUAGAGAGAAAAGAGUGAGUCACCAGUGACAAACAGCUGGUGGUCAGUAUUCUAGUAUGAUGUAACUCUUAGCAAGAUGUGAAUGAUUUAAGCCACAUUGCAUAAACUACUCAGUCUGUUCAGGAAGUGACCUGCAGGUUCAAAACUGGGUUGAAAGCUUACAGAGCAUCUAAUCAUUUGUAUCUCCAGCAAUGAAACAAUCUGAUUGUAAGCAUCCACAUUUCCGUUGUGUAAAACAUGGCUAAUUAACAAUGUAAUGUAUAACAAAUGCUCAAAAUAAACGCUCUUAUCCGA